AAGAAUUAUGCGAUAAUUAUUGGAGCUCUUUUAAGUUAGCGACGAUAAAUCAAUUUUUCUAAGUUUUCGAUAAACAGUUGGAUUGUUCGUUAAUGUUUGCUCGAAAUUAUCGAUUGUCAUUUGUUAAUUUACUUAUAAAAAGAUUCCAAAGUUGGCGACGACAUAUCCAUUUUUUUUAUUUUGCUUUAAACAAAUAGAUUUUUUUUGUUCGUCAGUUUUUUCAUAAAAUUACAAUUAAAUAUACUCUAUCAAACUCACUUAACUAUGCCUCGAAAAUCAUGCGUACCGGUUGAGGAUGCUGUCACAGUUAUAAAGAGAUAUAUAAAUAAUUUUAAUUCGGACACUUUACCCAUACACUCAUCUCCAAUAUGGAAGGAAAUGUCUAACGAACCUGAAUUUUAUAAGAAAUGGAAUACUGAUGUAGUACGCACGAAUGUUAAAAAAGAUAGGAGGAAUAUUCUCACAAUAGCAAGAGAGGAAUGUGGAUAUUUUAUUGAAAAAAAACAACAGCAAAAUGAUGAUUAUGAGGAUAUUAAGGCGGUUCAUUAUUAUGACCAUAAUUAUGGCACAACUACAGAGGAUAGUUUAGGAAUUAGAGUGAAAGUCGCUUAUAAGGACAUUCAUUUUGAGACACCUGAAAAUAUAGACGCACACAUAUCUGAAGAAAAUUUAAUAUCAUAUGAAACCAUUCCCUCGGAUCAAUCUGAAAAUUCAAAUACACAAUCGAAGCACAUACAAAUUUCAGAAUUAAAUGCAGAUUCAAUGCGGAAAAGCAUGGAUACAUCAAAUCCAGCCAUACAAAAUUCAUUCAUAAAUUCAGAAAAAGAAAAUGAAGCUGAAAUGGACUUAAAACGAAGAGAAAUCGAAUUAGAACAUCGAAAAUUAACUCUAAAAGAGAGAAGAUUAACUCUUGAAGAAGCAAGAUUGGAUUUAAAACGCCAAGAAACGCUAGAAAGACUUAAGUCUGACGAGCGUGAAAAAGAAGCCAUAUUUUCAUUAAUAAAAGGGCAGCAAGACUUAAUAAAAGGGCAGCAAGACUUAAUGUCCUUAUUUUUAAAAAAAUUUGCAUAA